UGACAUUGACAGAUCAGCGCUGAUGGUCUUUAUACCGGCGAUAUAUUUUCAUUUAAAUUAAUUUUUAAAUCUCCAAUUGCAUUUAUUGAAACGUAUUUACAAGCUUAAGUCAAUGGGUUCAAUAGUCAAGUGAUAUUUAAUUUUAAACCUUUGAAAUUGGUGUUGCACAACAGUCUUUAUCUUUUCACGAGCCCUGGUCUUUGAUAGUGGUUUAAUUGGCUAUAACCAGACAUGUCGGCCCACGGCUCUGAUGAGGAGGACAAGCCUUGUCGGGCGUGUUCCGAUUUCAAAUCAUGGGCCAAGUCGCAGAAGCCCCCGAAACCUGGAGCACCGAAAAAGGAAACCCCUUCACAGCCACGUCGGAAGGACUGCCCACUAGACAAGGAAGAGCUGGGGCAAGCGACAUGGGGCUUCCUACACUCCAUGGCGUCCUACUACCCUGAGAAACCCACAAAGGCUCAGGCCAAAUCCAUGACAGAGUUCUUCAAUAUCUUCUCCCAGUUUUAUCCUUGUGAGCCUUGUGCUAUAGAUUUUAGAGAAGAUUUAAAAGAAAACCCUCCAAAGACAGAAUCAAGAAACGCACUAGCACUAUGGUUGUGUGAGCGACAUAACACAGUUAAUGAGAAACUGGGCAAACCAGAGUUUGACUGCAGCAAAGUGCAUGAAAGGUGGAAAGACGGAUGGCUCGACGGUUCCUGUGAUUGAUAAAACUUUUAACUAGAAAUAAUCUUACCUUGAAGUGGAAUACCUCAUGAGGCCAUAAUAUGUUGUCCUUGAAUUCAGUGAAAGCAUUUGCAUCAUAAAUACUGAGUCACAGCAUCAGUCACUAACUAGUUAUAAAAUAUUGAUUUUGGUUAUACAUUUUAUUCAAUUCUGUAAUCAUUUUUGAUUGCAGUUCUUUUUUUCAUGUUUCAUAAGUUUUUUAUGUGAUGCUUAUUCACUUCAAGUAGAAAUAUUGGUUUACCGUUGACAUGUAGUUCAUAUACAUUAGCUACUUAUGUACAUACAUUUUAAUCUGGAUGUUAUAAAGAAUUUACCAAAUAUACCUGAUACUUAAUUUUGCCCCAGUAAGAGUAUCAAGAUAAAGUAUUUUAACUGCUUAAGGGCCACUUGUACCAAUGAAAAUGGAGAGUUAACCCGAGGGUUAACCCACCAUUUUAUAUGGAUUUUGACAGUUGACAGCCCACUAACCCUGAGUUAAGUGGUUGGUGCAAGUGGGCUAAAGUUCUGUAGUUACAUAAGUUUUAAAAUUUUAUUGUGCCUGAUAAGUCCAAGUGUUAUUUAUAUGUUAUUUAGUUUUUUUGUUGACAUAAACUUGUUAAUACUUGGA